AUGUUAACCUUAUCUCCUCCCUUGUAUUCAACUUUAGGAUGGCCAACAGAAGAUCACAUUAGGCAAGAGCAAGAGCAAGAGCAGAAGAACUGGAUAGACAAUGGCACCUCCCUCAACUGCAACCUUAGAGAAACAGAGGUUUUGGGCUUAUGUCCCCCCUUCCCUUCUCUGGAACAACAACAAAUAGAUCUUGAUGAUGACUCCAUUCCAUCGAGUGGGAUUAACAAUGAUCAGGGCUUAAUUAAGAAAUUGAGUCACAAUGCCGGUGAACGUGAUCGCCGGAAGAAAUUAAACAAUCUUUAUGUUUCUCUUGGAUCACUACUUCCUGGAAUUGAUAAUACGAGGAAAUUAAGCAUUCCAGCAACGAUUUCUCGUGUUCUUAAAUACAUUCCUGAGCUGCAAAAACAAGUUGAGAGGCUGAAACAGAGGAAGGAUGAAAUAUUGGCAAGUGUUUAUAACAGAGGUAAUACCAAAAAUCAAAUAGAUAGACAAAAAAACGGCAUAAUCAGAAAAUCUCUGCCAACUGUUUCGGUGAGCCGAGUCGAUGAAGGAGAGAUUCUGGUUCAGAUAUGCACAUGUAAGAACACAAGAAGUCCAUUCUCAGAGGUUCUACUAAAUCUAGAGGUUGAAGGUCUUCAACUCUUGAAUGUAUCAUCUUCUAGCUCUUUUUUAAUAUUCAUCUUCAGGUGUACUUCCUCUACUUGUACUCCUUGGUGAUUAAUUCUUAAUUCAGAAAUGUAAAUUUAUUUUAGAGAUUAAGAGAACUGCUCUUAUGUUUAUCACAUGUUUCUUGGCUUCUGAUUCAACAGAUGAG